UCUUUAUCGAAUGCUACUGUUGCUGAUUUAAAUAAAAGAUGGGAAGGUUUACCAAGCUCAGAUCAAGAAGAAAUUAUUUUACAACUCAAUGAAAGACAAAAGUUAAAUUGGAAAGAAUUAACACCAGAAGAAAAAAAAGCUGCAUGGUAUAUUUCUUAUGGUGAAUGGGGACCAAGAAGACCAGUUCACCAAAAGGGCGAUGGAUUAAAAAUCUUCGGCGGUGUUGUAUUGGGAUUAGGUAUCGCUAGUGGGUUAUUUGUUUUGUUUAGAUUGAAUGCUCCAGCUCAACCAAAGACAAUGACAAGAGAAUGGCAAGAAGCAAGUGAUGAAUAUCUUAAGUCUAAAAACGCCAAUCCUUUCACAUCUUAUUCACAAAUCCAAUCAAAAUAA